CACCACUCUGGCAUCAUAAUGGAAGCUCUCGCCGCUGUAGCCUUAGCAGGAAAUAUACUACAGUUCGUCGAGUUCAGCUGCAAGCUGUUCGGCCAAGCUAGAACAAUCCACCGCUCCCCCAGUGGAGCCUCACAGGGCCACCAGGAUCUCGAGACGAUAACGAUCAGCCUGCAGGGGCUGACAAGAGAGUUGAACAGAGCUCGUCAAGACUCGGCCAACAAUGUCCAGCGGGGCAUGCAACAAAGCAGCCGAUCUUUCGUAGAGCUUGAGAAGCUUGCGAAGGGUUGUGACUCCCUGGCGAACGAACUCGUAGCAGUCUUGCAGAGUAUCAAAGCUGAAGACCCAAACUCUAAAUGGAGUAGCUUCCGCGCUUCGCUGGCCACGGUAUGGAAUCAAAAUCAGAUACUCUCGAUGGAAAAGCAGCUGGAUUCAUACCGUUUGCAAAUGACUUUGCAACUGCAGAUUAUCCAAAGGGAACAAGGUGGCGAAAUUUUGCGAUACUUGGACAUGUUUGAAAAGCAAAAUGCACGUAUCGGAGUCACAUUGAUGGAUCAGAUUGCGGAUUUACGAAGCGAGAUGCGAUCAGGUCUAGACAAAAUAGAAGCGCAAAUGGAACCACCGAGCCAAACAGGAAACGUGAAUGCACACGGCACUAAUUUGAGGAAAUCAGUUAAUAUAGAGGCUUUGGUGGGAAGUUUAGUCCGCGACGAAGACUUCGGGAUAUCCUUUCGCUCUAUAAACCGGAUCCUGGGCGCUCUCCAAUUCGAGGGCAUGAACACUCGCUACGCGAGCGUGCAUGAGGCACACCGCGGAACUUUCGAUUGGGCAUUUUCCAACAAUCUCUCAAAUUGGUUGCGAACUUCUGAGCCGAUUUUCUGGAUCACGGGGAAGCCAGGUAGCGGCAAAAGCACCUUAAUGAAGCGAAUUGCUAGCGACCCAAAAACCCUGCAGAUUCUUCGGGCAUGGUCGGGAAAUGAAACUCCAGUUAUCGCCAGCUACUUCUACUGGAUCAAAGGAACCAAACUCCAAAGAUCCCAAGAAGGUCUUCUCCGGAGUCUUCUUUUUAAGUAUCUUUGCCAAUGUCCUGAACUACUGUCUCUAGUUUUUCCUGAGCUCUGGGUCACUGCUUGUGCAUCAAGUAGAAACAAUGAGCCGUUUCAUGUUGAAUGGGAAAUGAAGACACUGCUGGAAAGCUUCAAGCAUCUUGCACGAAUCAACAACAGAUCAGCUCACCUCUGUCUCUUCAUCGAUGGGCUAGACGAAUAUGAAGGAAAUCAUCAAGACAUCAUCGAAACGUCGCAAUACCUUUCACGCUUAAAUGUCAAGAUCUGUGUAGCUAGUAGACCUUGGAACGUUUUUCAAGCGGCAUUUGGCACCGUCAGCACAAUUCACAUGCAGGAGUUGAACCAGCCAGAUAUUCAGCUCUACGUCAAGGAUAAGCUUUUUCGGCAUCGCAAUGCAGAACGCCUACGAGCCACUACGACUGAUGUUGAUGUUAUCAUACAUCAAGUUGCGGAGAAAUCGCAGGGUGUGUUCCUCUGGGUUUAUCUAGUCGUGCGAUCGCUAGAACAGGGUCUACUGAAUAGGGAUCCUAUAUCACUGCUGAGAAAGCGCAUAGACGCAUUUCCAAGUGACCUCGACGACUUUUUUCGCUCAAUAUUCGAGUCUCUGGAUCCGAUUUAUCGACCUAAGACAGCACAGCUGUUCCAAAUUGCUCUAGCUGUUGCUACCACAAAUCCUUUCGCCCCAUUAACGACUUUGACUUGCUGGUAUCUCGAUGAACUAGAUGACGAACCAAAUUUUGCGCUACAAAUGUCCAUGAACGGAGUAGAUAAGCAAAGAAUCAGAUCAUACAGUGCUGAAGCCACUGUGCGCAUCAAUGGCCGUUGCAAAGGGCUUCUUGAAAUAACAUCAAAGGGAAGAUCCACGCUUGGGGGCGAGUAUGACUGGAGCGACGUGGGGUUCUUACAUCGAACUGUAGUGGACUUUCUCGAAACACCUGAUCUUCAACGCCUCCUGAAGGAGUGGCAGUCGAAAGAUUACGAUCUAUGGUCCACUAUGUGUCACGCCAGACUUGCGGAAAUCAAAGCUGCUGUUGGGUCGUAUCCUGGAUCGACGAAGCCUCUAGUUGAGGACUUUUUUCAACAUGCUAGAGGGUACGAAAUGGCGCAUGGGACGACACCGAUAGACUGUCUUCAAAGCCUUGAAAGAUCAAUAGGUUCUCCCGAAAUAUUGCGCGAAAAUCUCGGGUUCAAUCACUUUCUAGAACUCAUCACACUGUUCGACCUUUUAGUCUACGUAAGAUCUCUUGCACCAUCCGAACCCUUGCUGAAAGACGAUCACGAAAAACAUAACCUUUUGCGUAAUGGAUGCAAGAAGAGACCAGAUAGUCGUUGGUCGCCUGAAAUGCGUUGGUCGCCUGACACGAUUCAUUUCAUACACUCUGUGGGACCGCCAACUACGAUCUAUUCUAGCCAGCAGGAUUACUUGAGCGAAAUUGUUCGAGAAAUGCAUAAAGAAAAUAAAGGGGUACUGGAAUGGGUGGCGGAGAUUUCUCAAAAUGCUUUUUUUGAGAUGUUGGACAAAAAUCAUUUCGUUUCAGCAACCUUUCAAUUCGAGAUGGACGGAAUCCUCGGCGAGCAAGCCGUUCGAGAAUUUAUCAAAGCAAACGUACGGUCAGCUGGUAUUUUCGAAAACGAAAAAAUCUCCACCAAAAAUUCAAUACGCAGAAAAGUCGCCUCGCUAACGAAAAGCCCUUUGCGAAAGUUGUUCCAGGGGAAAUGA